AUGUUCAAACGCUCUUUUUCUUCGAAGGAUCGGGUGGGCAAGGCUGUCAGACCUGCCAAGAAGACCUACCGCGACAAGACUGUGGUGAAGAUGGAGGAGUCAUUGGACAGCCCGCCUAUGGGAAGCCCUAUCACUAGCCCGAUAGUGACUUUGCUCGUAGGCCAUGAACAGCGUCUUUUCGCUGCGCAUGAAGAUGUCCUUUCACGUUCCCCCUAUUUUGAAGCUGCCUUAAAGGACCAGUUCCUUGAAUCCAGCGCAAAGAAGGUGGACCUUCCUGAUGAAGAACCGGAAAUUCUGUCCUGUAUUCUCGAGUAUCUCUACAAAGGCGAUUACUUUCCUCGUCUGUUACAUAACAAACGCCGUAAUUCUUGGGAACUCGAGAACGCUCAGGACGUCCAUAAAAUCGGUGGCCGCGGUUCGAGCGAGGCUACGAUGUUUCAUUCGGGUGUGGGUGGCGAGCUCCUUCGGGAUACCGUCAUCUACUGCGCUGCCGAAAAGUACGGCUUGGAGGAGCUGAAGCGGCUUGCUCUUCGGAAGCAGGGCCUGCAAAGCGGAAUUCCAGUCGACGUGAUCUUGCGAUCUGCACGGUUUGCGUACGAACACACACCCGACACCGACUCACGGCUCCGCGCCCAUUACUUGGCUUUGAUUAUCAGAAGUCGCAAAACGUUCAAAAGAAGCGGAACAAUGCAGAAUGAGAUGGAAAUUGGAGGUAAAUUGUUUUUCGAUUUGUUUGUAGCGAUGAGCAAUCAUAUUGAUGAUAUUGUGGAAAUUGGCAAUAGCCGAUCACCCAAGUUCAUCUAG